AUGCCUUUAGAGGAAAUAGUGAAAAGUUUGGCAACUAGUACACAAGUUUUCCAACAAGAGACAAAAGUAAGCAUAAAGAAAUUAGAGAAACAAGUUUCACAGCUUGCUAUUUCCGUAAGCAAACUAGAAUCUCAAGGAAAGUUGCCUGCCCAAACUGAAGCAAACCCAAGGCACAAUGUAUGUGCCAUCACAUUGAGAAGCGGGAAGAGUUAUGAUGGUCCAAAAUUGUCGUUUGAUCAAAAGGAAGAAGAAAUAGUAGUUGAAGAGACGACCAAAGAAAAGAAGGAGGAAGAGAAAACAAUUGAAAAGAAGCCCUUCAUCACUGAGUCUAAAGCCACACCUGCUCCAUUUCCCGAAAGAUUAAAGAGCACGAAGAAAGAACGGGAAGAGAAUGAGAUCAUGCAGAUGUUCAAGAGAGUUCAAAUCAAUAUUCCACUCCUCGAGGUCAUCAAGCAGGUACCUAGAUACGCAAGGUUCCUUAAGGAUCUUUGUGUAUCUAAAAAGAAAUUAAAAGGAAAUCAAGUCGUAACGGUUGGGGAGCAUGUAUCCGUAGUUUUGCAAAAGAGGAUGCCCCCGAAGUGCAAGGAUCCCGGUGUCUUUACCGUGCCUUGCAAGUUGGGACAUCUUUAUGUACACCGAGCUAUGCUUGAUCUAGGUGCAUCCGUAAAUGUCCUACCAUAUUCUCUUUUCAAAUCAAUUGGUGUAGGAACAUUGAGCAAAACCGGUGUGAUCAUCCAACUUGCUGGCCGGUCUUUGGUACACCCAAAGGGAGUAUUAGAGGACGUGUUAGUGCAAGUCGAUGAAUUUGUCUUCCCGGCUGAUUUUUAUGUCUUAGAUAUUGGAGAUGAUGACUCUCCAAGUUCAAGUUCCAUACUUUUGGGUAGACCUUUUCUUAAAACUUCUAAAACAAAAAUCGAUGUCUACAAUGGAACUUUGAGUAUGGAAUUUGAUGGUGAACUUAUCAACUUCAAUGUGCAUGAAGCAAAAAAGAAGCAUGUGAGGAGUGAUGAUAUGUUAGAGAGGCCCACGUACCCAGAAUGA